AUGGCAGGCACAGGGGACCUUCCUAAAGGAAAGGAUCAGAAACAUUCACAAAGGAAACGAACCAUGUUCACUGAGAAACAACUGGCAGAUUUAGAAUUCUUCUUCAGCAAGAACCCAUACCCCGCUCCCAGCCUUCAGAAAGAAAUGGCCUCGAAACUGGAGAUACAUCCCACCGUACUGCAGGUUUGGUUCAAGAACCACAGAGCAAAAGUCAAGAAAGCCAAACAACAGCAAUUAGCUGGGGUGGAAGUCAAGACCAGCUCUUCCAAGAGACACACGGAUGCCGCUCCAGGAGCCCCCGAUGGUGCCUACCCUGCUUCCCUAGUUUAUACAGAUCACCCCAUCCCUUCCUUCCAACUCAGCAUAUGCUCCAAUUUUAAGGCUCUCUCAGACCAUUCUUCUGGCCACAAAAUAGUCCAUUUCGGCUGCUGCCGAGAUCCUAACAUCUACUCCCUAUGUCCCGUUACGGAAUCCCAAAUUCUUUCCACAAGCUUCACUGCUAAUUCUUUGGGUUCUUCAUCUCCACAAAGAACUUAG